AUGGAACCUGCUGCCACUUCUUAUGGUUUUUCAAACCUCGAGGCCAUUCCGCUUGACCCGCAUUAUGCCCUCAAAGAGGCUUUUGCUGAUGAUCCCUCGGCCAAGAAAGUGAUUCUUGGUUCGGGCAUCUACCGAGAUGGAAACUCAGAGCCUUGGGUAUUGCCUUCAAUCGAAGAAAGGAAGGCUGAAAAGGAGGUCGACGAACACAAGAGUUCCGCUCGCUAUGAGUACCUCCCCAUAUCUGGAUAUGCGCCAUUUGUCACUGUGGCACGAGAUUUGUUGUUUGGUCGUUAUGGCGCUAAGGCGGAUCACUUCGUGUCUUUACAAACGAUAUCCGGAACAGGGGCUAACUCACUGGGGGCACAAUUUUUAUCCAAGUCUUUGAGGCCAUCGGCUGUAUGGUUAUCUAACCCAAGCUGGGUAAACCACUCCAAUAUCUGGGGCCUCGUGGGCGUCAAGGUCAAAUACUACCCCUAUUGGGAUGCUCAAAAGAAGACUUUGGAUUUUGACAGCAUGGUCAAAAAGUUGGAGACAGAAACUGUUUCAGGAGACGUGAUCUUAUUACAUGCCUGCGCUCAUAACCCGACUGGAGUUGACCCGACCAAAGAACAAUGGGCAAAAAUUGCGGACAUCUGUGAAAGCCGAGGCUUGUUUCCAUUCUUCGACAGUGCAUACCAAGGAUUUGCCUCCGGAGAUCUGGACGAGGACGCAUGGGCAUUAAGACAUUUUGUGUCCCGGGGAACUCUAGAGUUGGUGGCAGCUCAGUCAUUUUCCAAGAAUAUGGGCCUUUACGGCGAGAGGGUUGGAGCCUUGCAUCUCCUAACUAGUUCUCCAGAAGCAGCUGCGAAAGCAAAGGGACAUCUGUGCCAACUUCAGCGAGGGCAAAUUUCGCAGCCACCCAGGCGAGGAGCACAUUUGGCCACAGCUAUUCUCACAAAUCAAGUAUUAUUCCAGAAAUGGCUCAUCGACCUCCAUGAAAUGAGCUCAAGAAUCAAGAGUAUGCGACAAGCAUUGUAUGAAGAAUUGGUUUCUCUGGGAACACCCGGAAAGUGGGAACACAUCAUUUCCCAGAUCGGAAUGUUUUCUUAUACCGGUCUGAGCUCCGUACAGGUAGAGACCAUUCAAUCAGAGAGUCAUGUUUAUAUUCUGAAAUCCGGACGAAUCUCGGUUCCUGGUUGUGAGUUUUCAUUUGAAGGUGGUAUGUUUGAAGGUGGUAUGACUUACGAUUCUGACAUUGAAAAUUCAGUGAAUGCAGCAAAUGUCAAGCAUGUGGCUAAGGGAAUAGAUACAGCAGUAAGAAGACACCCGGUCUAG